AUGGCUCCCCGGGCAAGCGCUGAGGCCCAAUGCCCAGCAGGACUCUGUUUGGGGUGCAAAUGCCAUGCCACCCACCCAAAACGAGUUCUCAUGCUCUUUGCUAGCAUGCUCCUGGCUUGGCUUGAGGCGACUCGUGUCACGGUGGGCUUCCAGGCCCCCUGGAACAUCUCUCAUCCUUUCAGUGUGCAAAGGCUGGGUGCAGGUCUCCAGAUUGCUCUGGACAAGAUCAACUCGCAGCCAGAGGUCCCGGGAAACUUCAGCUGGGAGUUCACGUACACUAAUUCAGCCUGCAGCGCCAAGGAAUUGCUUGCUAUUUUCACCAAGCAGGUCCAACGAGAACAGAUUUCUGCUCUAUUUGGACCCCCAUGCCCGGAAGCUCUAGAGGUUAUUGGUUUGCUGGCCUCAGAAUGGAACAUCCCCAUGUUUGAUUUUGUUGGACAAACAGCAAAACUGGAGAAUGAGUUCUUGUAUGACACCUAUGUGAAACUUGUGCCACCUAGGCAUGCCAUUGCGGAGGUGCUCCAGAAAAGUCUCCAGCACCUAGGCUGGGGACACAUUGGAAUGUUUGGAGGUCCUGGUGGGGUUUCUGCCUGGAAUGGAGUGGAUGAGUUGUGGCAGGCUGUGGAGAAUGAACUCAAAGACCAUUUCACCAUCACCGCCCGCAUAAGAUACACCAGCAAUGAUCCAGCCCUCCUUCAAGAGAAUCUCAGGAACAUGUCAUCAGUUGCCAGGGUUAUCAUCUUAAUCUGCACCUCAGAGGAUGCCAAGAUUAUUCUGCUGGCUGCGGAGAAUCUGGGACUCAGUGCAGGAGAUUUUGUCUUCAUCGUUCUGCAGCAGUGGGAGGACAAUUUCUGGAAGGCGAUGUUGACAAGCGAGACAAUGAGGCACUUCCCCAAGGUCUAUGAGUCUGUGUUUCUCAUCGCCCUCAGCACCUACAGAGAAGACCCUAGUUAUGGAAGCUUCUGGAAACAAGUCUACCAAGCACUGAGGCAGCCACCCUUCCACAGCUCCAUUACCACAGAGGAGCAGGUGAGCCCUUCCUCAGCCUACCUCCACGACGCAGUGCUGCUCUACGCCCAGGCCGUGAGGCAGGUGGCCGGGGCUGGAGGGGAUUUCAGAGACGGGCGACUCGUGGUCAGCGUCCUGAAGGGCUCCAGUGGGACAGCGCUGCGGGGGGCCACGGGGCCUGUGGCACUGGAUGCCCAGGGAGCCAGGCACAUGGAUUACUCCGUCUAUGCCCUGCAGGCAUCUGGAAACGGGUCUCGUUUUCUUCCUUUCCUUCACUAUGACAGCCGCCAGAAAGUCAUCAGAUCCGUGAGGAAUUUCUCCCGUAUUACUCGCCAGCCCGGCCCCCUUCCUGAAGACAGAUCCAGCUGUGGAUCGGCCAGUGAACUCUGUGAAAAGGCUCCCACUUUCACAGGUCAGAAGCAAAAGCUGCUGCAGCAAAAGAAAGACACGUGGUGGCAAAUCAACUAUGAGGACAUCACUGUCCUGCCCCAGAGCAAGCCAUCCCCAGGAGGCACGCCUGUGUCGAGAGGGAACCCCAGUAACUCGUGCAGUGUGACGGUUUCUGCCAACAUCUCCUCCUUACUCAGGAGCCAGCCCGGGAACGGACUCUUUUAUGCCCCAGUCGCACUUUACCAGGGCAGGCACGUGGCCAUUCGCUAUGUCGGUGAUCAAGCAGAAGCCUGGGCUAGGAAGCCGUCAGUGCUACAGGAAAUCCGGCUGAUGUAUGAACUAAGGCACGAAAACAUUGUUCACUUCUUGGGUGUUUGCCUUGAGCCACCCAACAUAUGCAUUGUCACUCAGUAUUGCAAAAAGGGGAGUCUUAAGGAUGUUUUGAGAAACUCAGAUGAAAUGGAUUGGAUAUUCAAACUCUCAUUUGCAUAUGAUAUAGUCCAGGGCAUGCUGUUUCUCCACGGGAGCCCCCUGGGCUCUCAUGGCAACCUGAAGCCUUCCAACUGCCUGGUGGAUGGGCGGCUGCAGGUGAAGCUCUCAGGAUUCGGGCUGUGGGAGCUCAAGUAUGGCCACCAGUGCAGAAGUGCACAGGAGACUCCAACGGGCCGAUCAGAGCUCUACUGGACAGCCCCAGAGCUAUUGAGGCUCUCAGAGGCGCCCUGGUCAGGCACCCCGAAAGGAGAUGUUUACAGCUUUGCCAUUGUGAUGGGGGAGCUGAUCCACCCCCAAGACCAUGGACCGUUUGAUGAACUCACCGAGAGGCCAGAGGAAAUUAUCAGCCGCAUCAAAGACCCAGGGGCAUCAGUUCCACUACGACCUUCCCUACCAGAAGAGAAGACCAAUGAGAAGAUUUUGGUUCUGAUCAAAGCAUGUUGGGAUGAGUGUCCAGAGAAAAGACCCACUUUCCCUCUGAUCAAGAAAAUGUUGCGAGAAGCCAGUCCCAAAGGCCAUGUUAGUAUACUGGACAGUAUGGCAAGCAAGCUGGAAGUGUACGCCAAUCACCUGGAGGAAGUGGUGGCAGAGAGGACCAAUCAGCUGAUGGCAGAGAAGAGGAAGGUGGAGAAGCUGCUAUUCACGAUGCUGCCCAGCUUCAUCGGAGAACAGCUCCUUGCUGGCAGGUCCGUGGAACCAGAGCAUUUUGAGUCCGUGACCAUCUUCUUCUCAGACAUCGUCGGCUUCACCAAACUCUGUUCUCUCAGCUCCCCCUUGCAAGUUGUCAGGCUCCUGAAUGACCUGUACAGUCUGUUUGACCACAUCAUUCAAACUUACGAUGUAUAUAAGGUUGAGACCAUUGGUGAUGCCUACAUGGUGGCCAGUGGACUUCCCAUUCGCAAUGGUGCCCAGCACGUGGACGAGAUUGCCACCAUGGCCCUACACUUCCUCAGCGCUGUCCUACACUUCCAGAUCGGGCACAUGCCCACAGAAAAGCUCAAGGUCCGGAUUGGCCUCCACACAGGACCCGUGGUGGCUGGCGUGGUGGGAAUCACCAUGCCCAGAUACUGCCUGUUUGGAGAUACGGUGAAUAUGGCCUCCCGGAUGGAAAGCAGCAGUCUCCCUUCCCGGAUCCACGUGUCUCAGAGCACCGCAGGCACCCUGCUGGCCUCAGGAAGAUUUGAUUUGCGAAGGAGAGGCACCAUUCUCAUCAAGGGCAAAGGAGAACAAACCACCUUCUGGUUGAGAGGCAAAGAAGGCUUCACAUUUCCACUCCCCGAGUUUACCGAGGAAGAGGCGCAAGUCUCAGAGACCUGA